UCUAUUUCGUGAUUUCCGCGGGCAGCGCAGUUGUCAGGCAGCCUGCUGUCCCGUGCAUGUAUCCGCAGUCGUGCGUUGGGGCAGGAGUUGCAACUUGCUCAAAACGAGAAGGAUCGGCCAAUAUAUUCAUCCUGGCGGUAUAAAAGACUGGUUUGCGGCUCGCCAGGUUUCCAACGAACCACCAUAAUCUACCAAAACGACCUGCGUGUUAAAUUUUGACGAUCACCAAACCGUAUCGACAUGAAAUACUUUAAUCCUCUGAUCCUCUUCUCGACUCUCGCCCUUGCCCCAUCUGCAUUGGCGGGUCCUUUUACCUACGGAGUUUGUCAAACAGGGUGUAACGUCGUGGCCGUAGCAUGCUACGCCGCAGCCGGAUUUACGUUCGGUACCGUGGCAGCUGUGGGGGCCCCUUCGGCCAUUGUCGCAUGCAACAGUGCCCUCGGAACCUGCUCUGCGGGUUGUGCAGCACUUCUCAUCGCUCCCGCUCCCUGAAUCGUAUCCCGACCAUCUGAUGGAACAUGGAGGACACAUGUCUGUUGGAGCCGAUAUGUACUUCCCAUCCUGUCCACAACUCACUGUAUCUUCGGC